ACACGUGCCUGUCAUCUCAUCAACUGUGCCUGGCUCUAUCUGCCUGCCUGUCUGCCUGUCUGCCUUCGCAAUUGUCUGACGUUCCAUGGGAUUACAAAUUCUCAUCUCCACACAUACGCAAUCGUAAUUACUCAAUUGGUUAGCUACGUAACACACAUCAUUCACUAUAAAUACCUCAAGUCGCCAUUCUUUUCAUUACUCUACAUUCCAUUACCUUCAACAACUUCUGAAAUAUAUCGACAUCUAGCACCAAUACCCACAUGGAGCUUCCUUCAAUCGGUAAACACUGCUCGGACCUAAACUGCGCCCAGCUCGACUUUCUGCCUUUCACCUGUCAAUAUUGCAAACAGAUCUUUUGCCAGGAUCACUGGAAACUCGAAACUCACACCUGUCCUAACAAGGAUGCAGCGACACAGCAGGAUCAACGUGUGCCCAUUUGCCCUCUAUGUGACAAACCUGUCCCAAUCAAGAAGGGCGAAGACCCAAAUGUUAGAAUGGAACAACAUAUUUCUGCAGGAUGUCCUGAACCCGCCACAACCACCUCAAAACCAAUCUACACAAACUCUUGUAAUGCCAAGGGAUGUAAGAAUCGAUCUGCUAUCCCAAUCAUCUGUCAAAAAUGUCGUCGCAACUUUUGUUUGAAACACCGUCUAGAAGAUGAUCAUGCCUGUCCAAACCUGCGACAGCCACAAGAGCCACAAAUGCAACAGUCUAGUAAAAAGACAUCGAUAAACCCAACCAGGAAUGCUAGAGCAGCCGCUGCAGCCGAAUCAAGAGCAAGUGCAGGCAACGGUGGUCAACGCUCCUUUGCGUCAUCAGGGAAGAAGGACAAGGACAAAUGUUUGGUCUCCUGAUACUUAAUGAUAUCAGUUCGGCUUUCCCAACCACCUUUCUUCCGCACAGCCACCGCUUAUAAACAAUAAUUAUUACUGGAUACAUCAUACAAGGCACUUUGCCAAUCACAUAUUAAUAGCAACAAUAGUAACAAUAAUAACCAUCUAGAAUAUCCACAAUUAAAGCUCCU